GGUCAUGCUAUCCCACCACCACAGCGAGUAGACACUGUCUUUAGCAGUCAGCUCGUAGACCUCGAUGCUGCUUUGUCUUUGUUGGUUGUUGGUGGUGGUGGUGUUGUUCUUGUUGACUUGGAAGCUGAGCUUUGUCGUUGUCUUUUGCCGACGAUUGUCUGACUGUUCCCAAUUGGGCAAUUCUGCUGGGUCGGACCGCAAACUCCAAAAAAACUUCUUCAACAACCACAACGACAUCCGCAUCCACCACCACUAGACUCCUCCCCCUCCUCGCACUCAAGGAGGCCUUCGACUACAUCUCACUUCCAGCAGGCGCCACAAUGUCCUAGAAAUUCACCAAUUGACUCCGCAGAAAGAUUGAUAAAACGCACCCGCAUCAAUGGUCGCCGCGAGCAUGGCCGCCAGAGCGGCCGUCAGAACAGCCCCCAGAACAAGAGCGGCUAUUAAAGCGGCUAGGAGAGCGGAAGCAGGGGCUGAAGCGGGUGCCGGCUCUCAGGCGAAGAAGCACUUUGCGAGAAAGGUUAAACACCAUUCCUCAGACCUCCAGUUACCCAAGACGGUCAGCCCUGUGGUUGUCACCACCUUGGACGCCCUUCGGUUCCCACGAACGACAAAACCCAUCCAGGGCAAGGUUAGAGAAACUGGGUCCCGUGCUGCUCUACUAUGGCGGAGACAGGAAAGGGACAGACUACGCAAGGCGCUGCACCGACUGACGCAUGGGAAAAAUAUAUUCGCCUACAAUAAUAUCCGAACGAACCAGGUUGUAUAUUCGUUUACAAGAGAGCUUGAGGAAAACAACGUCCUCUCCCAACUCGUCUACCACGGCAAAAAGACUGUACCCGCAACCUUGCGCAAGGAUAUGUGGACCCCUUAUUUCUCUCUGCAUUUCGCCUCCAAUUCCCAGGGCCUUGAGGCCUACCGUCUCCUCCGCGAGUUUUCCAUGCAGCGCCAGCUCGCUCCGCCUGCAGAUAUGAUUACCGCCUCGGAAGAAUGCGAAAUCCUCACCCGCCAACGCCCGCGUGAUCUCACUGAAGCUAAGAAAUGGGACGAGGAAUGGAAGAUUCGCAUGGAAAAACACCACAUCCUGAGCAAACGAUUGCGCGCCCGUGUGCUCAUGGACCAAAAGGCUACGAGUGUCGCGGAUGUGGCGGCGGUGUUGGCGCUGCAGGAGCAGAAGAUGAAGGAGGAGCAGGAGCGGGAGGCGAGAGAGAGUGAGCUAGAAAAUGAAGAGGAAGAUGGGGGAGAUGUAGAAGGCGGGGAGGAAGGGAAGGGGAAGGAGAGCGUACAGAUUGGGGACAGGGAUAAAUCGGGGAAGAAAAUUAGCAAAAAGAGACGGAAGCGGAUGCGGGCGGCUAUAAGAGCGCAGCAGGAGCUGGAGAAGGAAACCAUGGAGAAAAUCAGCGACUUGGAACGCAUGCUUGGAGUUAAGAUUGACCCGUCGCGGGCACCGUCGAAGUACCACAUUGUCAAUGAGGGCGAGGUCAAGAUGUUCUGGACGGAUCUGCAUAAUCUGCAGUAUGCGGAGUCGUGGCCGAAGAAUGUCAUUCACGCUCAAUUGAAAGGUGGCCGUGACCAUAUUAUGGGUACCGGGAUUGACCUCGCCGCAGGCGAGUCAUUGGCGCUUGCUGGUGCUCCUGCUUCCAACGAGGGAGAGGGCGAGGUCGCGGAACAAGCUGGGGGCGCUGGUGUCGGUGGAUUGGCUGAAGCCGAGACUAGGGCCCAGGAAGCGCAGGGGAAGGAGGAGGCUCCUAAGGAAGAGAAACCGAAGUCGGGUCUUGGGAAGUUGAAGUUCUGGUAGAAAGGAUCCAGGGGCAUGCCUGCCAUGGUUUUAUUCUCUUCUAUUGAAUACAUUUAAAUGGCUGUGUUGAUAAAAAAUGGGUGUAUUAUUUUUGCCUCCCUGUUUACCACGCCCCCCGUUUUGUUGAACACCUUGUACCAUUUCCAUUUCCUCUUAUCUUCUCCUUUAUGGUCAGGCCUUGGAUCGUUGGCCAUUAUUUCCCCCCCCUUUUCUCUAGUUUUGUAUACUAUAAAUUUUGGCGCAAUCCUUGUUUUAAAUAGACAAAACAACCUUAUGGACAUGAAUAUUUCCCUGACGUGAUGAUCUGACGGACCCGGGAAAGGACUGAUAUACGAUAGAAAGGGCUAAUAUACGGCAGAAGCAUGUUUGAUAGGCAAAGUAAACUAUGUCAAACUUCUAUAAAUAUCUAAAUGAAGAUUGAAAUAGCUGCAGCUGAUCUUAAAUGAUGACAAUGGAGACUCGAAAUGUAGAAUUUUGUACCCGUUCGAAACAAAACAAGCUUAAUAGAUAAGUUUCAUAUCGUAUAUGAUAUCUCAUACUGUU